AUGUGCACCUUUGAGCUUGACACGGACCCGGCGCUGGCUGCAGUUUUAAGAAUAAAGGUGGCACGCCACAUGAUUCAGGAGAAGCGACUCAGAGCAGAACACCUGCACCUGCAGCAGCAGUUGAAAGCAGAGCUCUCAAAUGAGACCUUCAGCCUACUGCUGGCAUCAGGAUUCAAGGAAGUGAACGAGAGUGAUCCCUUCGCCUGGGACUUUGAUGGCGUUCUGCACAGCCGAAGUUUGAUGUUCAGCUUCACCACCGUAGCGUCCAUCGGCUAUGGGGACAUGGCGCCCCUCACGACCUCAGGGCAGAUCUUCUGCAUCAUUUUCACGCUGAUCGCAACGCCGGGACUGGUGCUGACCUACCUCGCUGCUGCCCGCAAAUCGCUACCGGGCCGCCUCAGCUUGUUGAUUUCCUUGAUCUUUUCUGCCAGUCGAGUCAGUGAUAGCCAGCUGGAUUUUGUCUAUUUGAUGGCCAUGCUCAUGGAUGAGAGGAACAUUAGGAUCUUCCACAAGUACGAUAGAGAUGAUUCAGGCCAAUUGAAUCUUCCAGAAUUCAUGGUGGCCCUCAACGAUUUGGGCUAUCCCGCGAGAGAAGAAGAUGUUCGAAUGCUCAUGGAAGAAGUGAACAUAUGUGAUAGUGAGCUCAUUUCAAUUGAAGAAUUUGGGCAAGCAAUGGUUUUGCUGGAGCAUUCUGAUGCCAAAUUCCGGAAACUGCGACAUACGGCACUUUUGAUCUUCGUGGUGGCCUUGAUUUGGCUUUUUGUGGGCACCGCUACCUUCAUGUACGUCGAGUCCUGGAGCUUUGUGGAGUCCAUGUGGUUCUGCUGGGAGACGUCAAUGACCAUUGGACUGGGAGACCUAAUUCCUCAGACUGACACUGGUCGCUGGUUGAAUGUGAUCUACAGCUUCAUUGGCCUUGGUCAUUUGUCCCUGCUGUUGCAGAGCUUCGUGGACAUGCUCCAGUUGCAUACCUCGACUUUGGGUAGAGUGGAGAAGCGAUUCGUGGAGGUACGCUCAAGGCUGGCUCUGGGUCAGGAUGAGCGAGCUGGACGCUUGACUCGAAGCUUCAGUAACCUCUUGUCGGGAUCGAAGAAGGUUGCCGGGCAGGAGAUGCUGGGAUGUCUGGAAGCGGGUCGCGACGAAAUUCCUGUUGAGGCAAGGCCAGAUUCUCCGAAACCCCCACGAUGGACUGGUGCUAAGAGGGCAGUUGAAGAUCUCCAGACUAUUUGA